AUGACAUCAACUAUAGGAACAACAGCAAUAACAACAAUGAAAGAUACCUAUAGUAGUAAUCAUCAUCAUACACCUUAUCAUCAUCAUCAUCAUAAUCAUCUGCCAUUAUCUCAUAGUUUGGGUGACGACGUUGAUAAUACCAAUAGCAAUAAUAACAUUAGUAGUAAAAACUACAAUAGAAAAGAAGAUACAAUGACGAUAACAACAGAGGCUGCUGGAGUAGACCUAAUAGACAAUAUUAAAUUGGGUGAUAGUAGUAGUAGUAAUGGUGGCGAUAAUAAUCUUGUCACUAUACAAGAACAUAAAGAAUAUGUUAAAGAUAUAAUGGAAUCGACAUCAGUUCAAACAAACUGUAUACAACUUUCAACUUCAUCUCCUCCAACUUUUACAAAUCAAGAUAUCAAUAAUAAUAAUAGUUGUAAUAACAAUACAAAUAAUAAUAAUAAUAAUAAUACUAACUUUCAACUUCAACAUCAAAAUUUUAAUCCAAAUCCAAAUACUAAUAAUAAUCCCAAUACGAAUACGAAUAAUAAUAUCGAAUCUAAAAGAAGAAAUCUAAAUUGUAAUCGAAAUAGUUCAGAUUCUUUACCUUGUUCACCUCCAUCAUCACCAACUUCACCUGGAAAAGUAUAUUUUGGCAAAUUAUCAUCAAAUUCUAUACCCGAUAGAACUGUCAUUUAUUCUCCAAUCAAUAAUACAAAAUAUCAUAUUAAAGAUAUUAUAUCAAUGAUGAAAACUCCACCAACAGGAUUGACGAUUAAAGAUAGAUACACUGGAUUUCAAUAUCAUAAACAAUGUUUUACAGGAUUUGAUAUGGUUGAAUGGCUACUGACACAUGGUAUAUGUGCUACACGUAAUCACUGUAUACAACUUGGUCAAUAUCUAUUGGAUAAAUCUAUUAUUAGACAUGUCUAUUGUGAUCAACCUUUUAGAGAUAGUAAUCUACUUUAUGUAUUUAAAGAAUUUUUAGGUAUAAGUGAUGAUAAAAUUUAUAUAAUUGUACAAAAAAUGAAACAAGAAGAUGGAGUUGAAAGAAAAGAUAGAUCUAAAUUAUUCAAGAAAUUUAAAGAUUGUUUUGUUGGAUCAGAGGCUGUUACAUGGUUGCUUAAAAAUUGUCAACGAGAGGUUGGUGCAAGAGACGAAGCAAUUAGAUUAUGUCAAGAAAUCAUGGAUUUGGGUUUAAUAGUUCCUGCUUCAAACUCUAAAGAUGUUUUUAGAGAUGAUGGUACUUUUUAUAUUUUUAGAAAUAUAAUUUAUGGAGGAUAUUUGGGUAAAAAGAAAAAACAUUCACAAGAGAGAAAAGUAAAAUACUUUGCACUUAAAGAGGCUGGGGAAAACAUAUUAUGGUAUUACGAUUCACCAAAGGAUCCAAUGACAAACACUGGAAUCAAUCUCAACAAUGCUUAUAUUCGAGAAUGUAAAUGUGGAGGUGGUGCCGAUUGCUUUGAAAUUGUAUCUCAUCAAAGAAUAUUCUGUCUCAAAUGUUCAAACUAUUCAUUCCUCAGAUUGUGGGUAGAGAUAUUGUCCCAUCAAACUACCACCAUCUCUGAUGAAAAUGCCCUAUUCGAAGAAGCAGAGGAAUAUAUCAAAGAAGAUAGUAUUAGACAAUCUGAUCUAUUCUUUGAAUCUUUUAAAGAACAUAAUAAUAAUAAUAAUAUUAAUAACAAUAAUAAUAAUAAUUCACCAGUUAUAAAACCAAAUACAUUACAACAAAUAGAUAGUAGUAGUAGUUUAAUUGAUACAGUACUUGAACAACAACAACAACCACUUCAACCACCAACAAUAUAUAAUAGUCCAGAUAAAACCAUUACAUCAGAUUUACCAAUCCUCAAUGAUAAUAUUAGCAAUCAACAACCAGAUGAAAUAGAGGAAGAAGAAGAAGAAGAAGAAGAUAAAAUAGAUGAUGAUGAAGAACAGGAACAAGGUGAUGACGCUCCAAGUACAAAUACAUGUGACGAUUAUUUUAUUUAUAGUGAUACAAGUAAAUCAAUACCGACGAAAGAUGAAUCCAAUAAUAACCUUCUUGUUGAACAACAACAACAACAAUCAAAACAACAGAGUAUAGCCAUAUCAACAAGCCAAAGUGAUUUGAUCACUUUUAAUUCAUCCACGUCAUAUGAUGUUGACUGCAAAACCGAACUUGGCAUCUCUACCCAAAGCUUUUUGAUUGAUACAUCUAGUUCUCAACUACCCCUUCUCAAUAUGGGUAGUAUGGAUAGUAUACAAUAUAUUAAUGAACCACCAACACCACAACAACAACAAUUGGAAGAGGAAGCAUUGGUGGUAUUGGAGCAGGAUGAGGUGGUAGAGGAGGUGGUAGAGAUGGAUAAAGAUAUUGAAACCAUACCAUCAUCCGAAAUAAUACAACCACCAUCAUCACCAUCAUCAUCAGAAACUACCCCAAUGAAACAAGAUGAAGAAGAAGAAGAACAUCAAGAGGAAGAUGAAGAAUCGACAAUAACAAGAGAAGCAGAGAAAAUCAUUGAAUCAAAUUUGACAGAAUUGUCGUCAACGUCAUAUUUAAAUGUAAAUAAUGAUAUUAAUUUGAAUGGAGACAACAACAACAAUAAUAGUGACCAUGAUGAUGAUGAUAAUAAAAGCGAAUCAGUACGUUGA